UCUUGAACAAUCCGAUAGAGUUGAGCAGAGCAUUGCGCACAGACAUGCGUCAGAGCGUAAACAUUGCGCGUUCUCUUCCAAUACCAUCACAUCUCUCAUUUAUGGCUAUUUAGAAAGAAGGAUUUUACGCGCAUUAAACGGAAACCAUGAGUACCGUGUUCUGCUGUGUUUUGCUCGUGUUUUGCUCACUGGCUCUUUGCAUGGACUUUGAAGAGCGACCCAGCUCCUGGAGGAGUGAACACACCAUGUUUCAAAAGAGUCACAAAUCACGGAGUCUGCUCACUUUGAGAGAUUUACAGCAUUCAGACCACGCGAGGAUGAAAAGAGGUGAAGAAUCAGCACGGAAUCAGUGUCAUUCAUUGCACGGAUAUGAAUCUACAUUACAAAACAAUACUCAUACGUAUAACUUUAACGAUCUGAGUGGGUCCGUAUCUCUGGCCUGGGUUGGAGAUGGAACGGGAGUAAUGCUGGUGCUCACCACGUUUCAAGUUCCUCUUUUUAUCAUGCGGUUUGGUCAGUCAAGACUUUACAGAAGUGAAGACUAUGGAAAGACUUUCCAGGACAUCACCGACCUCAUUAAUAAUACCUUCAUACAGUCCGAAUUCGGGAUGGCGAUUGAUCCGGAAAAUUCUGGGAAGGUAAUCCUCACAGGAGAUCUUACGGAGGGAAGAGUCACCAGAAUAUUCCGUUCGGUUGACUUUGGGGAAACCUUUAUGACCUCUGAGCUUCCUUUUCAUCCCUUAAUGCAGAUCACCUAUAACCCCAGAGACAUCAACAUCCUCAUGGUCUACAGCACCAAUUAUGACUUAUGGUUGUCAGAGGAUUUUGGAGCCAGCUGGAAGAAGAUCCAUGAGACAGUUUGUCUUGUGAAAUGGGGAACUGAUGACACCAUUUUCUUAACCACAAACCCCAACGGAUCCUGCAGUGAUCGGGGAAGGCUAGAAUUGAGAAAAUCAUUGGACUACGGCAAAAUGUUUAAGACCAUUGGAAACAGGAUUUAUUCUUUCGGUCUGGGUGGACGUUUCAUUUUCGCUUCAGUCAUGACUGAGUCGGGCUCCACACGCAUGAUUCACGUGUCGGUAGAUCAGGGAGAGACGUGGGACAUGGCUCAGCUGCCCACUGUUGGCCACGAACAAUUCUACUCCAUCCUGGCUGCGAACAACGACAUGGUGUUCAUUCACGUAGAUCAACCUGGAGAUUCAGGUUUCGGUACCAUCUAUGUCUCAGAUGACCGGGGCACGGUGUUUUCCAAAUCCCUGGAACGCCAUUUGUACACUACGACGGGUGGAGACACGGACUUCACCAACAUCACCUCUCUGAGAGGGGUGUACAUGACCAGUGUGCUUGCCGAAGACGGCUCAGUGCAGUCCGUGAUCACGUUUAAUCAGGGAGGGGUAUGGAGACCCCUGCAGAAGCCCUGGAAUGGGAUGAGUGACUCCACAACUGAGCAUCCAGACAAGUGUAGUCUGCAUAUCCACGCCUCCUACAGCAUCUCUAUGAAGCUGAACGUUCCCAUGCAGCCCCUCACCGAGUCCAAUGCUGUGGGACUCAUCCUGGCGCACGGGAGCGUGGGAGGAGCCAUCUCUGUGCUUUCUCCGGACGUAUACGUGUCAGAUGACGGCGGACACACGUGGUUUUGGGCACUGAAAGGCCCCCACCACUAUGCCAUUCUAGAUUCAGGGGGGCUGCUGGUAGCUGUGGAACACAACCCAUCACAUCCCAUCUCACAGAUCAAAUUUUCCACUGAUGAAGGUCAGUGUUGGCAUGUGUAUAAUUUCACGGAUGACCCGAUAUACUUUACUGGCUUGGCGUCAGAACCCGGUGCCCGCUCCAUGAACAUCAGUCUGUGGGGCUACAGAGAAACAGUGCUGAAUCAGUACUGGGUUUCUGUUACUGUAGACUUCAGACAAUUGCUUUCAAGAGACUGUCAGGAGAGUGAUUACGUUCAAUGGCUCGCCCACUCGAGUGACAUUAAUGACCCCACUGACGGCUGCAUGCUGGGAUACAAGGAGAGGUUUCUACGUAUACGACAGGACUCGGUCUGCUGGAACGGACGGGAUUACACGGUCACCAAGGAGCCCACCACGUGCCCCUGUACCCUAGCAGACUUUCAAUGCGACUUUGGGUUCUAUCAUCCGGAAAACAGCUCUGAGUGCAUUGAGCAACCCGACCUCAUCGGUCAUUCGCUGGAAUUCUGUCUGCACGGACGCAAAGAGCAACUUCAGACGAGCGGCUACAGGAAGAUUCCAGGAGAUCUCUGUAAAGCAGGAAUAACUCCAGAGAGAAAAGAGAUCGAUCUGAGCAAGAAGUGUGUCAGUACCUUGCUAAGACCAGAACUACUGACAGAGUCUCACUCUGUAAAUUCAGCUCCAAUAAUAGCGGUGGUCAUCACGCUUCUGUUGAUCAGUGCCGUCGCUGGAGUGAUCUUUGUCAAGAAAUAUGUCUGUGGAGGAAGGUUCUUGGUACACAGGUACUCUGUUUUAAAGCAGCACGCUGAAGCUAAUGGAAUCGAAGGUGUGGAUGACCUGGACACAUUGGAGGUUGGCAAGACGCACUACCAUGAUGAUUCAGAUGAGGAGCUCCUGGAGUGACAGACGUGUGGGUCAUAACGAUGGACUCUAUCCAAUGCCCAACCUUCCCAUGACUUGUGUGUUUAUAUCUGCGUCCCAUCCAUGACAGAUAACCACACACAUCCUGACUUUAAUGUGUCUUUCCAAUCGGUUCGGAACAAACCUUUCAUCUUUUUAUUCAGUCCAACAAGACUUGAACACAAUCACGGAGGACAGAAAUGUAGAGCAGAGGGUUUUCUGAAGUGUUGAAAAAGAUGUUUAUCAUUUCAUGUUAUGAAAUGUGUGUGCACUAAAGGAGAGAUGCGAAUUUUAAUCGACAAUUUUGCAAGUUUAAGUGAAUUAACAGUGGCACGUUGAAAUUACAUGGCUUGCUGGGUAUCAACAAAAAUAAUCACGAAAUGCCACAGUUGUGUGAGUAUUAUUUAACAUCAGACACAAGCUUGGAUUCAUGCUAAAACUGCUUAUUUUUACAUUGCUGCGUUGGGUAUUUAACUUCACCAAAGGAUCUUUCUGCUUUCUUGAUAUUAAGAAACUGGUUCGAAGUCUUCUUAACAUCUUUGGUUUUUGAAAUCCAAUGUGAAAAGAGAAGCAACUUUAGAAAAUAGCAUGUUCGUGGUUGCCGGCGGUUAUUGUUUAAGCGAAUAAAAGCGAGAGGAAUGUGAAGUGGUAGAGGAAAUUGUCUUUGCAAUCCCAGAAUUAGACAUUUGGACGAUUUGGAGUUUAGUUAGGUACUUUAUUACACUAACACUCUGGGAGAUUUACAAGCUAGAAACUAGUUUAGCUAACACUCGAUUUUAUUUCAUAAAUCAACCCUUGUUUUGUGUUUUGCUGGUGUUGUGUCUGGUUCUCCACCAUUGCUUAGUUACAUUAUUUAUGGCAUACAGUUAGCUUUUCACAAAUAAGACAAACAUGCUUCCAUUUCAGUAUUGCCAUACCAAACGUUAUCAGUGUUAUUUUCUGUUUUUCUGUCAUAUUGUUAAGACGGAAGGAAAAGAUUCGAUCACCGUAAGUACGUUAAAUAUAACAGCAAUGCGGUAUAAGUCAGCAAUAGUUAUAUUUAAAGACAAGAUGUUUAAGGGUAACAUCCAUUAGGAUGUUGACAAUGAUAAAUGUACAUUAAUCAGCAGUCUAAUUCAAUAUAAAAGUGCAUAUUUUGUCGGAAUUGCUUUGACUGUCAACAUAAAUAAGCUCAUGUGUAGCAUUUAAGCUGAUUAAGUGCAGUUCUUUGCACUCCUAAUAAAAUAGAUACCUCAGGGCUGUAGAUGACAUGGACCACACAUUUCAUUGAUGCAAGAGAGAGAUCCUCAAGUUUGUUUUCAACGUGGAUUUCCAAGGUCAACGUGUAAAAUGCUGUACUAUUAAUGUGACUGCCAAGAACAAUAAAAAAAUAUUUUCUGAGUUGACUUGUUGAUUUAAAUCAA